AUGAAUCUUUUCCACCGGUCCAAAUCUGACAGAUGUCCUUCGCCAGUGUCCAGAUCCAUAAGCAGUCCAAAUGAAGAAUCGGUGUUACCCAAUUCUCUCAAUAACUAUUCAACUGGUGAUAGUGCUCGUGUUGUGCCAUGCAAUAUUGUUUAUUAUUCCUUUCAAACGACGGGCCAGUUUUUUGAAUCAGGAACAGUAAGCUCCCAGAACCAAAGAAACUUUUCGUGCAACCUUAAAAACUCGGAAAACAGGUCAUUAAGCGAAGAAACUCCGAAAGAUCCUCGAAGUAAAACCAUCAUACAACACAAUAAAAUUCCUAGAAGAAACAGCCCUCAAAAAUCCCCCACUCCUCCCGCACUAAUAAAGAAACGACGCCUUGCCGCUAACGCCCGUGAACGACGCCGCAUGAACAGCCUCAACAUUGCCUUCGACCGACUGCGAGAAGUGGUUCCUUCGAUUGGAAACGACAGAAAACUGUCUAAAUAUGAUACACUGCAGAUGGCCCAGAGCUACAUUACAGCUUUAGUCGGAAUCUUGGAGAACAAGAGGAGUAAGAUUUUGACAGUAUUUGAAGAAACAAAAGAGGAGGAGGAGGAGAAAAAGGAAGAUAACGUUGAGAGGAAGAUCAACUACAGAUCUAUCAUCAUCACUGAAGUCCGACCAAAUCUCACUUUCUAUGCGCAACAUGUGGAUGAAGGUACACGAUUCGAAGAAAUGAUGGCCAAGCUGCGAGAAGAGUUGGCUUCUAACCCUCCCCUUCCUGGUUCUUUUACACCCAAGAAAGGUGUUCUGUGUGCUUCCAUGUUUGUGGACGAGCUCGUGUAG